AUGGCUAAUCAUCCGCUAAAAGAAAAGGCCGAAUUAUACCAGGACAUACCUGAUGAGACAUAUGAAGCAAACGUCGUCUCUAGAGAACAAGUAUGGCAAUUGUACUUCGAUGGUGCAGCAAGGAUAAGUUCUACUGGUCGGGUUAUAGAUGGAGUGGGGGUUGUCUUUAUCUCAACCCAAAACCACAUACUCCCACGCGCCAUUUCUUUAACAGAGUCGUGUUCUAACAAUGUGGAGGAAUACAAUGCUUUGUUGGUUAGCUUGGAUAUAGCCAAACAGUUGGCGGUGAAAUGCUUAGAAGCAUACGGUGAUUCUCAACUCAUUGUUAAUCAAAUGAAGGGAGAAUAUGAGGUUAGGAAUGAAGACCUCGUUCCUUACCAUACCGCAGCAAUCGCAUUGGCCGAUUCCUUUGUGGGCUUCUAUAUUGACCAUGUACCUUGUCUCAAGAAUACCUAUGCUGAUGCAUUAGCGUCACUUGCGACUACCUUAGCUCUACCUGAAAGAACUACCCAGCAGGUCAUAGUGACAAGCAGACAAUUAUUCAAAUCAAAGUAUGCACUACAGAUCAACGCAGUUGAAGCGAAACCUUCAACACUCGAACCUAAAGAUUGGUGA